ACUUGUGCAUUGAUGGACGAUUUUGCAUCCAACGGUUGUGAUCGUUCAAAUCAAAGCUAUAGGCAAUCUAGUGAUCAACUCCACCGAGUCGAGUCGCGAGCCCCAAUUCCUGCUUCGAACAUUUGAGACCAUUUCUGGUGUUUUACGGUUUGAUCACAGUGAGAAAGACCGAUGGGAGGUGGCCAUGGAGGGAGCACAACUUACAAAGGUGUAACUUUGCACCACCCAAAGAGAUGGCACGUCGUUACCGGCAAGGGCUUGUGCGUUGUCAUGUGGUUUUGGGUCCUGUACAGGGCUAAGCAGGAUGGUCCUGUAGUGUUGGGUUGGCGACACCCUUGGGAGGGCCGUGAUGACCAUUCUCAUGGCCAUGGAGACAAGCAUUAGCUGCAGCCUGAAGAAGCUUAUCUGCUUAUGGGUGCCUGGCACAGAUGCUGUUCUGGAAUGUCUUCUGUUUAUUUUCUUCGGUGUCAAUAAAGUGAUGGUGAAAUGGGAUUGUAAGCAAAAUGAGAUGAAAACUGAAACUUCAUUUAUGCAUUAUGGUUUUCCUGUUAAA